CUCCCUUCCCUCUCGUCUUUCUUCCCUGAACAGCCUCGCCGUUCAUAGAUUCUUACCUGUUUUACCCAGGUCUCUCCACUCAUCCGCAAUAAUGCACCCCUCACUGAGAGCGGCCGUCCGCCUGGGAUCCAUGCCAAAGCCAACACAGAGACUGGCCCAAGUCCAGCGCCAGUUCACUUCAUCUGCUGCGCGCCGGAAAGAAAUCCAGGAUACCUACAUCCUCAGCGCUGCACGGACGCCCACUGCGAAGUUCAACGGUUCAUUCGUGAGCGUCUCCGCUCCACAGCUCGGUGCUGUGGCAAUCAAGUCGGCCAUCGAGAAGUCCAAGGUUCCUGCCAAGAAAAUUACAGAUGUCUACAUGGGCUGCGUCCUUCAGGGCUCUAUCGGACAGUCCCCUGCCAGGCAAGCAUCCAUGUUCGCCGGCCUGUCCCCAACCGUGGAGGCCCUCACCAUCAACAAGGUCUGCGCGUCCGGCAUGAAGGCGGUCGUUCUCGCCGCCCAGAACGUUCAGCUCGGUCUUGCCGAGGCCCAGGUCGCCGGCGGAAUGGAAAACAUGUCCCGCGUGCCGUACUACUUCCCGCGCGCCAGCCAACAGGCUCCGUUUGGAAAUGCUACGAUGGAAGAUGGCCUGAUCAAGGAUGGCCUGUGGGACGUUUACAACAAGUUCCACAUGGGAGUGUGUGCCGAGAACACUGCGAAGAAAUACAACAUCACUCGACAGGACCAAGACGAAUACGCCAUCCGUUCCUACCAACGCGCCCAGGCUGCCUGGAAAGAGAACAAAUUCGCCGAUGAAAUUGCCCCCGUCACCGUCAAAAACAAAAAGGGCGAGGUCGUCAUUUCCCGCGAUGAGGGUUUCGAAGAUCUUCGCGCCGACAAGAUGGCCGCCCUCAAACCCGCUUUCGUCCGUGAUGGUACCGGCACUGUGACCGCCGGCAACGCAUCCACUCUGAAUGACGGCGCAUCCGCUCUCGUCAUCACCAACGAAGCCCUUGCCCGCGAGUACGGUUCCGGAAGCCGGGUCCUCGCUCGCAUUGUUUCAUCCGCUGAUGCUGCUAUCGAUCCCAUCGACUUCCCGGUUGCACCUGCAAAGGCUGUCCCCAUUGCCCUUGAGCGAGCCGGUCUCACCAAGGAUCAAAUCUCUAUCUGGGAGUUCAACGAGGCAUUUGCCGCCGUGAUCAAGGCCAAUGAGAAGAUUCUCGGUCUCGAAAACGCGACCGUCAACCCUCUCGGUGGUGCCAUCUCCCUCGGCCAUGCCCUCGGCAGCUCCGGCUCACGUAUCCUGACGACUCUGCUCCACCAACUUAAACCUGGUGAAUAUGGCUGCGCUGCGAUUUGCAAUGGUGGCGGUGCUGCUACCGCCAUUAUUGUGCAGAGAGUGGAAAAGGUGUAAUGACUACGUUUUGUUUUGCAGGUAAUGAGCGGACAAUACACCAAAAGAUUUCCUUUUAACGUCUAACCCGGGUAAAAUUCUGAAUCCGCAUGUAUAUACGAUGUUUGUUUGGCGACUUGCAUAUUUUUGAUACCAGUUUAAAUACCA